AUGGCAUUACGUAAGGAGACAUACAAAGAAUACUUGGACUUCUGUGAUGUUGACCCUUCAAAACUUCUGAAGCACUGCUCAACUAGGUGGUUAAGUCUGGAGAAGUGUGUCAAAAGGUUGCUGCACCACUGGCCUGCUGUGACAAGCUACUUCAACUCGCACAGUGAUGUAGAGAAGCCUGGACGAGUUAAGAGAGUGGCAGAGCUCCUCAGUAGCCAUGAGAUGAGGAUGACAUUCCACUUCUUAGGCUAUGUGUUGGAGCCAUUGAAUGAAUUCAACACUACAUUUCAGGCUGAUGAAUCAAGGAUUGGGUAUCUUGGAGAAGAAAUCCACAAACUCCUAAGAAAAUUCCUUGGCCGUUUUAUAAAGGCAGGAGUGAUCAAGAAUUCCAAGGACCUCAUCAGUGUGGACUUCCAAAAUCCAGAAAACCAGCUCCAAGAUAACAUUCUUGCAGUUGGAAUUCUUACCAGGUCCUACAUUGCAGAGAAUGAAGAGGACAUUCCACCAGUAGACUUGGCAAAAUUUUUCCAGAAUGUAAGGGGGUUCUACUGUGCCAUCACAAAGAAAAUGCUAAAGCACUUUCCAUUCAAUGACCCAGUCGUCAGCGAUUUAGGAUUCCUGAAUCCUCUCAGAAGGGAAGAGACCACCUUGCAGUCUGUUGUGGAAAUUGCAAGAAGAUUCCCUGCCAUAGUUCAGGAAAAGGACUUCCCAAAGUUGGAAGAGGAGUUUCUGGACUUCACUGUUUCUCCUGACUGUGACCUUCCAAACUUUGAGAAAGGGCAGACUAGAAUAGACUCAUUUUGGGGAGAGAUGGGGCAAAUGACCAACAAAAUCUCUGGAACACCAAGAUUUCCAAUUCUGAGUAAAAUUUCUCAGGCCAUGUGCUGCAUUCCAAACAGCAAUGCAGAUUGUGAGAGGGUGUUCUCCCUUGUGAGAAAAAUUCAGACAGAACAAAGAUCUUCCAUGGACAAUCAGACCUUAUGCAGUCUUCUUUGUGCUAAAAUAAACUGUAGAGAGGAAUGUCAUCAAGUGACACCAUCUAAGGACACUCUGAAACUUACAAAAUCAGCUGCUUACAAUUACAAUAAAGAACAUUAA